AAAAUACAUUUACAUAAGAAAAUUAUAUCUCGAAUCUUGUAUCCCGGGGAUAAAAAAAAAAAAAAAAGAAAGAAAAGAAAAAGAAAUGAAAUAUUGUAUUAACGAUUAUGUAAAGAAAAUAAAGAUAGUUCUUCUUUUGCGUGAAAGAAAUGUUUCCGAUGUAAAAAAAAAAAAAGAAAAAAAAAAAAAAGAAAGAAAAAAAAUUAUCAUCGAACGUUCUUCAUGACCGUAUCAAUUCUUUCCUUUUUCUUUUUCUUUUUUUUUUUUUCUUCAUGUUUGUUUCAAUAACAAAUUUAACAAAGAAUUAUUAAAUACACAAAAUCCGAAUAAAUUGAUUGUUGGAUAUUAAAAACGAAUGAGAUGAUUUUUUCCUUUUUUCUUUUUUUUUUUUUAAAUUCAAUACCGAUUGUUCGUCGACAAUACAAAAAAAAAAAAAAGAAAAGAAACAAAAUUCACAAUAAACCAUUAACAAUCUGACAUUGUUAUUAAUUUAAUUACGCGAUAUUUAAAUUAUAACAAUUGAUACACAGAGGAUACAUAUAUAUAUAUAUAUAUAUAUAUAUAUAUAUAUAUAUAUGCAUAUAUGUAUUUGACAAUGUGUAAUGUCCCCCUUUUAAUAAAGUCGAUAUCCUUAUUAGUCAUAUUGUCGAUUGGUAGUUAGAAGAAAAAGGAAUAUAUUCGGUUUAUAAAUGGUUACAAGGUUCAAAUGUACGACGACCCGAUGACGCUAUAUCUUUACAUUACCAUUCCUUUGUUAUCUCGUUUAUGCUUGAACCAUCAUUAUCACGGAGCAAGCUGAGCCGAUAACAACUCUACUACUCAAGGCAUUAAUGUUGAGAAAGUGCUGCCACUUAAAGUGCCGUUACUUGUACAUACGUCCGUUAGUCUACUACGGAGCUCCAAUCCUGCUUGCCAACGUGCUCUCAUCUUUUAGUACGUAUUUAACAUUAGAAUGCAUUAUAACAUAAUUACGUAUAAUAAUAUUAUUACAAUAAUAUAAUUAUAUUGAUAUUGUAUAACGCGAAUGGUGCUUAACGUUUACAAAUUUUAUUUCAUUAAUUAUCAUCUAAUUAAUAUUUUUUAACACAAUAUAUACGACCUUAUAUAUAUAUGUAUAUACGUAUGUAUACAUAUGUAUACAUAUGCUCGUGUUAUAUAUGUCGGAUUGGCUAAUAAGUGAUAUUGAAAUUUAUCGAUAUAAAAUAAGAAAAGAAAAAAAAAAAAAAAGAAAACGAGAAAAGAAAUAGUAUUAGCAUUGUACAUUCAGAUUCGAAUUCUGCCGAAGAACAUCGUGCCCAUCUUGAAGAGAUUAUGGAUGCGAUGAAGACCGGCUGGUUCAGCGAGAUAAACGACUUUUGGCCUGGUGUAUCACUGUCCCUCGAACUUGAAGACACGUUACAUCGAGAAAAAUCAAAAUACCAGGACGUUUUAGUGGUGCAAACAAAAACCUAUGGGAAAGCAUUGAUACUCGAUGGUAUUAUCCAGUGUACGGAAAAGGAUGAAUUCGCUUAUCAGGAGAUGAUAGCGUUUUUGCCAUUAUGCAGUCAUCCUAAUCCAAAGAAUGUUUUAAUAGUAGGUGGUGGUGACGGUGGAGUGGCACGUGAGGUUGCAAAACAUCCUAACGUUGAAAGAAUCGUACAAGUUGAGAUCGAUUCGACGGUACUUGAAGUAUCGAAAAAAUAUUUGCCAUUUAUGGGGGUUGGCCUGGAUAAUCCAAAGGUCACGUUAAACGUCGGUGACGGAUUCGAAUUUAUGAAGCAACAUACGAAAGAAUUCGACGUUAUCAUUACGGAUAGCAGCGAUCCAAUUGGUCCCGCGGAGUGUCUCUUUCAAGAAUCGUAUUUCAAUUUAAUGAAGACAGCAUUAAAACCCGGUGGCAUUGUUUGUAGUCAAGCUGGUACAGCAUGGAUGAACUUGGAUCAUGUAGUUAAAACUUUUCAACAUUGUAAAUCUUCCUUCGUUGUUGUUGAUUAUGGUAUCACGUCUGUUCCAUCCUAUCCAACCGGACAAAUUGGUUUUGUAUUGGGUGGACUUUCUACGGAAACCAAUUUUAAGGUACCAAUGAGGAUAUUCACGGACGAGGAAUUGGAUAAUAUGAAUUUAAGGUAUUACAGUGCUGAAGUACACAAUGCAGCGUUCGUAUUGCCGAGGUUCGUAGAAAAGGCAUUGAAAUCUUACAGGACAACGUGAAAAGGACAUCUACUUUUGACUUACUAUUCUUCUUCUUCUUUUUUGUUUUUUUUUUUUUUUUUUUUUUUUUCUAUUGCUCACAAAUUUAUUUUCUAU